AUGAUGAAGUUCCCAUCGGUUUCUACCUUAGCCCUUUUUGCGAGCGGUGUGUUGGGCGACUUGCACAACUUCUGUGCCUGUGGAAAAAGACAUAGUGGUGACGCAGUAGUUGGAUCAUAUGUGAGUGACAACAAGAAAGCUGUGAAGGUUAGUAUUAACCGGAAGCAGUGGGCAUUCAACACCGACGCCACCAAAUAUGCGUGCUCGAGAUACUCCUUACGCAAUACCGGCUCAGAGACAUGGGACAGUUGCCCUGACUGCAAGAUGGACACGUACUACAUGGACGCUAAUCCAACACCUUCGUGCUUCUCCUUCGGCUUCCAUCUCGGCGGCGAUGAGUUUGACUACUACUGCGGACUUAAUGGACUCCAGGGCUACUGCAAGAAUGCAGACUAG